AUUCAGCCCCAAACCCAACCCUUGGGCUUGGCCCUCUCUCUCUCUCCCCUCUCUCUCUCUCUCUCUCUCUCUUCUUUCUCUCUCUGCGCUGCGGAAUUCACUGUAACCUUCACUUUCUCGGCAACUCUUCUGUACAGUCGCCGGCGUUGCCGCCGAUUAGGUGUAAAUCUCUGACUUAGAAGAGGAAGAUGGAUCACCAUGAGGAUGAUGGUCGUGUUGGAGGUGAACAUCAUGGAAAGCAAGAUGAUGAGGAAGCUGCUGCUCGACUUGAGGAGGUCAAGAAAUCAGUCGAGGCAAAAAUGGCUCUUCGACAAAGCAAUUUGAAUCCUGAAAGGCCUGAUUCAGGACAUCUAAGGACAUUGGAUUCUAGCAUCAAACGCAACACUGCAGUCAUUAAAAAGCUGAAACAGAUAAAUGAAGAGCAGCGGGAAGGGCUGAUGGAUGAGUUAAGAAACGUCAAUCUCAGUAAAUUUGUUAGUGAAGCUGUGACUUCUAUUUGUGAUGCCAAGCUUAAAAGUUCAGAUAUACAAGCAGCUGUUCAGAUCUGCUCUUUGCUUCAUCAAAGAUACAAGGACUUCUCGCCAAGCCUCACUCAAGGGCUUUUGAAAGUCUUCUUUCCUGGAAAGUCAGGGGAUGACCAAGAUGUAGACAGAAACCUGAAGGCCAUGAAGAAGCGCAGCACUCUUAAACUUCUUUUGGAACUUUACUUUGUUGGAGUUAUAGAAGACUCUGGUAUUUUUGUAAAUAUCAUCAAGGAUCUUACUAGUGUUGAACACUUAAAGGAUCGGGAUACUACUCAGACAAAUUUGACUCUUCUUUCUAGUUUUGCACGGCAAGGGAGAAUAUUUAUUGGGCUUCCUCUCUUUGGCCAAGAAAUUCAUGAAGAGUUUUUUAAGGGCCUUAAUAUCACAGCAGAACAAAAGAAAUUUUUCAGGAAGGCAUUGCAUGCAUAUUAUGAAGCUGCAGCAGAACUACUUCAGUCUGAGCAUACUUCACUUCGUCAAUUGGAGCAUGAAAAUGCAAAAAUCCUCAAUGCGAAGGGAGAGCUAAGUGAUGAAAAUAUCUCUUCCUAUGAAAAGCUGCGAAAAUCUUAUGACCAUUUGUAUCGCAAUGUCUCAUCCUUGGCAGAAGCACUUGAAAUGCAGCCUCCUGUAAUGCCAGAGGAUGGCCACACAACUAGGGUUACUAGUGGAGAAGAUGCUUCAUCUUCGGCUGGCGGGAAGGAUUCUAAUGUUUUGGAAGCCAUAUGGGAUGAUGAAGACACUAGAGCCUUCUAUGAAUGCUUACCAGAUCUCAGAGCAUUUGUACCCGCAGUUUUAUUGGGGGAAGCAGAACCCAAAGUGAAUGAGCAAUCUGCAAAGACACAAGAGCAACCAACAGAAUCGGCACCUGAAUCAGAUCAAGGUCAACAGGCUAUACAAGAUCCUGGAGAGAUUAUUGCAGACUCUGGUCCUUCGCAGGAGGGCAAAAACAUAGAGAAAGGGAAGGACAAGGAAGAGAAAGAUAAAGAAAAGACUAAAGAUCUGGAGAAAGAGAAAGCAAAAGAAAAAGAUUCUGACAAAAAGGGAGAGAGUGAAAAGGAGAAACUUAAAAGUCUUGAAGGCACAAAUUUGGAUGCUUUAUUGCAGAGGCUCCCGGGUUGCGUGAGCCGUGACCUUAUUGAUCAAUUAACUGUGGAAUUUUGUUACCUAAAUUCAAAAGCAAACCGGAAAAAGCUUGUGAGGGCAUUGUUUAAUGUCCCAAGAACAUCAUUGGAACUGCUUCCAUACUACUCACGCAUGGUUGCCACACUUUCAACUUGUAUGAAGGAUGUUUCUUCCAUGCUCCUACAGAUGCUGGAAGAGGAGUUUAACUUCUUAAUUAAUAAAAAGGAUCAAAUGAACAUUGAAACAAAAAUUAGGAAUAUUAGGUUUAUUGGAGAACUCUGCAAGUUUAGGAUUGCACCCGCUGGCCUUGUUUUUAGUUGUUUGAAGGCUUGUUUAGAUGAUUUUACUCAUCAUAACAUUGAUGUUGCUUGCAAUCUUCUGGAGACCUGUGGUCGUUUCUUGUAUCGAUCACCUGAAACUACUGUUCGGAUGGCUAACAUGUUGGAGAUAUUGAUGCGUUUGAAAAAUGUCAAAAAUUUAGAUCCUCGGCAUAGCACCCUGGUAGAAAAUGCUUACUAUCUGUGCAAACCACCUGAGAGAUCUGCACGAGUCACAAAAGUCCGUCCUCCAUUGCAUCAGUAUAUAAGAAAAUUAUUAUUUUCGGAUCUUGAUAAGUCUACCAUUGAGCAUGUUCUGAGACAACUUCGUAAAUUACCAUGGAGUGAAUGUGAGCCAUACCUUUUAAAGUGCUUUAUGAAGGUUCACAAAGGGAAGUAUGGUCAGAUUCACUUGAUUGCUUCUCUCACUGCUGGUUUGAGUCGCUACCAUGAUGAAUUUGCUGUGGCUGUUGUUGAUGAGGUUUUGGAAGAGAUUCGGCUUGGUUUAGAAUUGAAUGAUUAUGGGAUGCAGCAGAGGCGCAUUGCCUAUAUGCGAUUCUUAGGGGAGCUAUACAACUAUGAGCAUGUAGAUUCAUUUGUUAUUUUUGAGACGCUAUAUUUGAUUCUCAUCUUUGGCCAUGGCACAUCAGAGCAAGACUUGCUGGAUCCACCAGAAGAUUGUUUUCGCAUCAGGAUGGUUAUUACUCUUCUUGAAACCUGCGGGCACUACUUUGACCGAGGUUCUUCUAAAAGGAAACUUGAUCGAUUUUUGAUGCACUUUCAGAGAUAUAUACUCAGCAAAGGUGCAUUACCACUAGAUAUUGAAUUUGACUUACAGGACCUAUUUGCGGAGUUACGCCCCAACAUGACUCGAUACUCAUCCAUUGAGGAAGUGAAUGCAGCUCUGGUAGAAUUUGAGGAGCAUGAACAUACCAUCUCAUCUGACAAGGCAAAUAGUGAGAAGCACUCUGACUCUGAAGUGCCUUCGAGCAGGAGUACGUUCAAAACCAUUUCAGCAAAUGGACAGAGUGUUGUGAAUGGCACUGAGGAAAAUGGUAGGGUACAUCAUGACCUUGGAGACAGUGACAGUGAUUCGGGGAGUGGUACUGUUGAUCCCGAGGGACAGGAUGAAGAAGAGUUGGAUGAAGAGAAUCAUGAUGGUGGAUGUGAUAGUGAGGAGGAGGAUGAUGACGAUGAUGGGGGUGGACUUGCUUCUGAUGAGGAUGAUGAAGUCCAUGUAAGGCCGAAGGUGACAGAAGUUGAUCCUCAGGAAGAAGCAAAUUUUGAGCAAGAGCUCAGGGCUGUUUUGCAGGAGAGUAUGGAGCAGCGCAGGCUUGAGCUGCGCGGCCGACCUACUUUAAAUAUGAUGAUUCCAAUGAAUGUGUUUGAAGGGUCCAUGAAGGAUCAUCAUGGAAGGGGGAUUGGAGGGGAAAGUGGUGAUGAGGCGUUAGAUGAGGAGGCUGGGGAAAGGAAGGAGAUCCAGGUAAAAGUUCUUGUGAAGCGUGGGAACAAGCAACAAACGAAGCAGAUGUACAUUCCUCGGGAUUGCUCGCUUGUACAGAGCACAAAACAGAAGGAAGCAGCUGAGCUUGAAGAGAAACAAGAUAUCAAGAGGCUGGUCUUGGAAUAUAAUGAUAGAGAAGAGGAGGAACUAAAUGGAUUAGGGACCCAAACUUUGAACUAUAUGCAGACUGGGGGCAACAGAAUUUCCGGCCGAGGCCACACUUGGGAAGGAAGCAGCGGAAGAGGUGGAACACGUCAUCGGCAUCAUAACCAUUCCAGCGGGGGAGUUUAUUACAGCAGGAAAAAGUGAAAUGAUUCGACUUAGCAAAUACCAGAAAAUCAAUUUGACAGGUGCCUCCCUUUUGCAAAUAUGGUUCACUUGUGAAUCAUCAAUCCAUGCAUGAUACUGUAAGAUCAACCAUGAUUUAUACAAGGCAUUCCUUUCCAAUGGUGAAGCGGUGCCUUUUUGCGUGAUCACCGCAGAGUUUCCCUCCAUAUUCCGGCAAGAUUAAUUAAUGUUCUCAUCUUGUCAGAAGAAAGUAGUGGUUUCGGCAAGUAUAGAUAUACAGAAGAUUGUUGACCAGGAAUGUAGAGCGAUACGCAUUUUGAUGUGUGAUUUUUGAGGCAAGCACACCAAAUCUGCUAAUAUGCCCUAAUACCGGCUUGUGCUGCAACUAGAUUCUGCUCGUUCUGCAUAUAUACCUGUGAUCCGUUAAUAUGAAGAAUGAAAUAGGAUGAAAAGUGUGGUUGGGUUUUCUACCUUGAGGUUUAUAUUUUAUGUUAAUGUUUAUGUUUAUGUAUUUUGUAAGUGAGACUGUGUGUCUCGCUUAGACAAUAACAAGAGAGUGGUAACCUUAUUUGACUAAUUUCUUGUAUGAUAUUUUUGUGCAAAGCUGUGCAACUA